AUGAUUUUACAAAAGUUAAUUUAUAGGAAAAAAAUUAUUGGAGACAAAUUCUUUGGUCUGAUGAGACUAAAAUUAAUAUGUUUGGAUCUGAUGGAUGAAUUUAUGUUAGAAGAGAAAGGAGUAAUAGAUUGUGACAUCUUACGUCAGUACGAAUUGAUUCAUAAACCAAUCAUUAAAUGA